UUGACAAUUUGCAGAUCCUGCUCCUCCAUUACCUUUUUUUCAACAGCAGCUGUGGGACGUCAGCUGAGAGAAGAGAAAGUUUCAGGCCUGCUGAACCAGUGAGCUUCAGCUCACGUUGAAAGAUGGACCGGCGACAUGAGCUGCCCGCUGCCUGGCCUGCCGGUGCUCCUCCUGACUACAAUGUCGGAGUCUAUAAUACUGUGGUACCACCUGUCUCAGCAGUAGCUUCAGGCGGGUAUGAGCGCCAUCUUCCAAACCCUCCACAAGCCAGCCCUCCACAGCAGCAGCCGCUGCCACAGCCUCCAAUGCAGCUUCCGGUGCAGCUGCCGCCGCAGGUCAGCAAACUUCCAACCAAGAAUCCUGGAUACAUCUGGUGCUCUCAUUGCAACAAGACCGUCAUCUCCGAUGUCAAGUACAAGCGAGGCUCAUUCAGCUGGAUCGUCUGUGGCCUGAUGGCGCUUUUUCUGCUAUGGCCCUGCUUCCUGUUCGCUCUUUGUUUAAAAACCUGCAAGGACGUGGAGCACACCUGCCCUUCCUGCCAGAGGGUCCUUCAUUUGUACAAGCGUCCCUGAAGCCACUGCAGCGGCAGGCAGGAGGACUGCCCUGAUGAGGCGCGCAAGGGUGGUAGCAAUAUUUGUAAAUAGAUCCUGCAUGUGCCUAUCAAGAACGUUCAUGUUCCAGAUAACUUUCAUAACCCAAUGAAAGACAUAUACGUGGUUUACCCUCCAUCUGUUCAAGUUGUGUCCAGCCUCAAGAGCCAUUACUGGAGGUUGUGAAUGUUUUCAGAUGAUGGUGACGUCCUGUGCUGCUUAUCUGUUUAGCAUCAGCUCUCACAGAGACUCGAGUUAUCUCCGAGUCACUCUAUCAGCAAUCGCAGGUCUAUAACUAUGAUUUUUUUGGGGGGAGGAAAUUUGUUUAAAUGGGUGUCUUAGCGGAGGUCUGCACUCUCUGAUAUAAAUAGAUUUUUUUCUUAAUGUACAGAUGAAUGCAACAUGCAUCUGACAGAAUAGAACAAUCCAUAUAUAAGACACAAAUAUAAUGCACUUAUUAUCAUAUCAUGUUCUGCCUUAUUUUGGAUUUAUUCAGUUGCACUUCCUGUUAGCUCCCCACUCUGUCACCAAGGUGUUGCUGCUCACCCGAUUCUUGACACACAUUAUUGAAUACUGUGUUCAGUAUAAGUUUAAUGUUUUUUUAUGUAUUAAACAUCCCUCUUGAUGUGUUGUGAGUUAUUGAUCACUCGCACUUGGGUUCAUGACAUAUCAAACAUGCAGUGCAGUGCAUGUUUUUGUUUUAAUACUAUUACUACUACUGCGCUCCACUUGUUGUCUCAAAGACAUUGCAAUAAGAGGUGAGAAAUAUAACUCAGAAAUCUGGGUUUUAACAACCAUUGCAAACUGCAUUCUCUGUUCAUGUGUAAUGAUUAUUCGAGUAUCAGUGAUACUGGGCCUGGCAAAACUGACUGAGUGACUUCUGGUGAAGGUUGCCAAAGAAUGACAACCUGCUGGUUUAUCGUCAGGACUGCCACCAGCUCAGAAUCAUGAACACAUUUUUUUUUAAUCUCUAUAGUAUGUGCUGUAACCUGGAAACAACAGUGACAUUUUGUUGGAUCAAACCUUCAGGAAGUAAUGGGAACGAACCUGGGAAGCACUUGGGUGCUGACUGAGAGGAAGCUUGCUGCACAGCUCUGCAACUCCAUCUUCCACAUCUGGGGCCU